AAGAACAAGUCAAACAGACAAAUUAAAAACAAUUUUUCUAGACUACCAGGAGGCAUUGCAAUAAUUAUCAUCAAAAAAAGAUGCUAAAUUCAAUUAUCUUAGCUGAUUGUUUGACAUGUGUUAGAUGCCCCUUGCCGGUUACAUCAAUAGAAAAUAUGUAUGGCCAUUUCCGUUGAAUUUUCCCAUUCUCAAAACAAACUAAACGAUUGAUAUUACCUUUUCAGGGCAUUUAAGAUUGUUUCGUCAGCGAAUCGACAGGUGAGCGAGGUACAAACAUUGCAACCUUCUUAUUAGAGAGUCAUUUGGCCAAAAGCUCUCGAAUAAGAUGGCGUCAAGAAAACAAGCUCCGCAAAAAAUGCCACUUUUCUUGAUCAUUACGCUGCACUUUUGCGCUAUUCGGGCUCUGAAUUCUACCGUGGAAGUUACAACUAAACUAGGCACCCUUCAGGGGCUAACUCAAGUAAUUCCGAACGCCCACGGGUCCAUAAAUGCAAUCCAUAAAUUUCUGGGAAUUCCCUACGCAGCUCCGCCAACUGGUGACUUGAGGUUUGCACCUCCUCAGCCUCACAAGGGAUGGAAGCGGGAUGGCGUCUACAAAGCGACUCGAUUCAGGAGCAUCUGCAUGCAGCAGAUAAUACAUUACAACAUCUCCAUUCGGCAAGCUUGGAAGGGAUUCUCGGAAACCGAAGAGAACAUCAGCGAGGACUGUUUGUAUUUAAAUAUCUACACGCCCGCGGAAAACGUAUCCAAACAACAGAACAAAUCUCAACAGUUGUAUCCCGUCCUAGCUUACAUCCACGGUGGUGGAUUUUUCGCUGGCACUCCGAUAAGAGUGGUAUCUCCCGGUGAAUAUCUACCUCUGCGAGGUAUUAUUCUCGUGAGUAUUCAAUAUCGACUCGGCGCAUUUGGCUUCUUCUCAACAGGUGAUUCCACGGCACCAGGAAAUUAUGGAAUGUUAGAUCAAGUAGAAGCGUUGAAAUGGAUCAAAGACAACAUCAAGAGUUUUGGUGGCGAUCCUUCUAAAGUAACGCUUCUCGGGGAGAGCGCUGGAGGUUCUAGUGUUAAUCUUCACCUGCUUUCCUCACUGUCAAAUGGUCUUUUUCAUCGCCUUAUAAGUGAAAGUGGGACUGAUCUGUCGCCAUUUGCUUUCCAUGGAGAAUCAGGCGUUACUUCAUCCUCGCUGCAGCUUGCCGAGAAUUUAAACUGUGCCGUUGCGAAUCAGCAAAACAUGAUAGAGUGCCUUCGGUCGAAAACUGCGCUGCAAAUUCUGACGGCUACCUCAAGUAACUUGAUUUUUUACCCUGUUGUCGACAAACACUUUUUGCCAGAUUCACCAAUAAAUCUCAGGAAGGCGGGAAAGUUUCAAAAGGUUCCCACCAUUGCCGGAUUUGUAAGCAAUGAAGGUUCUUUUUUGCUGCUGGGCAACUCCAUAUCGAAAUACAACAAAACUAUCUUUAGAGGACUCAUAGAGGAACAUAUGAUCAACAGUAUGGGACACACUGCAGACCGAACACCUCUUUUAGUUGAUGCGGUGGAAUUUCAGUAUACACGAUGGCCCAGAGAAAACAACUCAACCAAGAUUCGUCAAAGUAUCAUUGAUGCUCUUACGGAUUACUAUGUGGUCGCUCCGACAUACGCCAGCCUUCUGUUCCAAAGUCAGUUUUCACCGACAUGGCUGUACGAGUUUCGCCAUCGUUCUGUCCACAGCCCUAAACAAGACUGGGAAGGAGUGGCGCACGGGGAUAUCACUGCGUAUGUGUUUGGUGUGCCACUGUUGGACGCUACGUCGCCACACCCCUACACUGCAGCUGACAGAAACAUAAGUGAUUUCAUGGUGACUGUUUACACUAACUUUGUCAAGUUUGGAGACACAACGCCCCAACCUGUUGACGGAAUAAAAUGGAGGAAUUUUCGGCCAAACGACCAAGAGUAUCUUCGCAUCGAAACCACCCCUCAAAUGUCGAAAGAUUUUAAGGCUCUAAAAGUGGCAUUUUGGAAUGAUUAUCUACCCGACUUGUCCAACUCUUUGACAGAAAAAUUAAAAUGUCAAGGCCCGGAUGUACGAGGAUCGAAAAGCGGCGGCCAUAUCAACAAAAUCUCCCGCUGGUGCCUAACGCUCGCUUUAUUCAUUGUAAACAUCUGGCUAUUAGCUUCAAAAACCUGAAACUGGAAGACACUUAAAUACCCUGGGUAAAUCGAGCAAUAAUUGUACUCGAGACGGAGUGUUGCCGAAUUUUAUUACUUAGCUAAUGGACAAAACACGAGGCAGUGUAAUGGUCAAAUUUUUAUACAGGAGUGUUUGGCAUAAAAUUUGUGAAUACGGGUUGCUGUCUACGAAUCGUUUGGCAAACAUGUUGCAUAUCACUCCCUAAAUUACCCACUCAAGCAGCUGCACAAACGAAAAAAUAAACAACUUUGAAACUUCAUUUUUGCAGAUUUCAUUCUAUUGCGUACAUUUCUAACAAACAGAGUAAUUAGUAAUCAUGGAAACUCGGUUUCUUUUUCCGAUGGAAUUGUUCAUAGUGUUUGAUAAACUGACAAAAUGUGAUCACAUUGGCCGGUUUCUGUAAAUAUUUUACUUAGGUGAAAAAUGUUAAAGGAAAAGAAAAAAAAAAAAGAUUAAAAAUCACUUCUUUUGUUUCACAAAGCAGAAAAGAAAACCUGAAACUAAUUUGUUUACAAGUUUGGGAUAAUUGCAGGAAUAUAAAAAAUCCAUUACCGAAAUGAUUGUGAGAAAUGUUGAAUAAACAUAUCACCUAUAUGCCGGAAAUUUAUUUCUCAUCAGUAAGAUUUUCAAUCAAACAUUUCGUGGCUUACAACACGAUCAAACUUAGUCUCAGGACUGAUAGUGAGAUGAACAAGUUGUGACGCGUUGGGAAGAAAACGAAUCAGUUUCUGAUGCGAAUACGUUUAUAUAUUACUCGACAAAUCAGUCAAAAUUUUACAAGCAUGAUAACUGAUACAUAGUAACAAUACAGCAAGCUCCAUUGAGGCGAACGUUAGAAAAACUCUUUAAAGAUCAUGGAACUGGGAGAAAUAAAUAAUUUCGAAAAUAAUUUGUUCUAGUGGAACGCUCUAGUGUCUAGCUAUACGUUACAUGAAAUGGGUAAAGAACUUUUUGUGAAGUACAAUAGGCCUGAGAUAGAGUAAAGGCUGUCUAAUUUCGAAUAAUUUAUCGACAUAAACAUUAGCGCCGCAGAGAGACUAAUAUUCUUAAUAUCCAUAAUAUGCAAAAACAACAGCAGCUUUGCAAAAUAAGAGGUUUAAAGUUUAUGAUUAUGACGAUGUUUUACUUAUUUUAGUCUUGGUCCUCGAGGGCCAUUUUGAAUGGGAUUGAGCCAUCUUAUACCGUAAUUAAAUAGAGUUUGUAGCAAACAGAGUAAUUAAACAAUGCUGUAAUUUUGCUGUAAGGUUUUUCGAAGCCUAACCUGUUAGUUCGAAUAUAAAACAACAAGCAAAGUAUAGUGUUUUUCACUCAUGUGUGUAAUUAGCAUAAUUACAUUUGGCAAUCCAUUUACUAUGAUAAUUGAGUUUUAUUACAAAUGCAUCGUGUAUAUACAAAAAUUGUUCAUCGUUUUCCUUGAGAAUAUAUUAAAAAAAAAAACAUUCUGAAAUAAAUAUUAUGUCAACUUAAGUUACUCAUUGAAUUCUCGCCAGGAACUAUUUACUCAUUAAUGACACGCCCAUUGACGCAUGCACUAACAGUUUUCGAACGAGCUUGUGGAAAAAAAAGACCAAAUUGUAUACCACUGAAUGACUAACAUAUUUACAUUAUUUUGAGGAAAUUUCUGCAAGAUUAUUGAACAUUUCGGCAACUCCCAGUAAGUCAGGAAAAAUACUGGGAAAGUCUAACAGUCUCACAGAAUCUAACAGACUAACAGAUGUCUAACAGUUUAAAGGAGCUAGGUCACGCAAUUUUAGGCAAUUU